CAGCCAGGCAGCAAAGGCCUUUCCGAGCAGGAGGGGGAGGAGGAGGAGGACACAGAGGCGGCUGCUGUGCAAAGGAAAAAGCCUUACAGGAGCUGCAGCUGUACUUGGAUGCCACAUUCCCUCCUUACGGGACUGAGGAUGAGUAAGAGCUGACCCUGCUGCUGCUGCUAUCUGUGUUGUGGAGUGAAGUGUCUGUUUCUUCUUCUCCUCCUCCUCCCCUGUUGUGGGUGAACCUGCAUUAAGGGUUCUUCACCAACACUGGGGACUGUUUGUUUGUGUAAGGGGAAGGAGAGGAAGCACAGAGAAAGAGGACUCUUCCAUCCACUGAGGCGCAGUUCACUAUGAUCUUACUCGCAUUCAGCACUGGAAGCCGGUUGGAUUUCGUACAUCAUUCCAGGGUGUUUUUCUUGCAAACCUUGCUUUGGAUUUUAUGUGCCCCCGUGUGCACAGCGGAGCAGUAUUUCAAUGUGGAGGUAUGGUUACAAAAAUAUGGCUACCUUCCACCAACUGACCCCAGCAUGUCGGUGUUGCGCUCUGCAGAGACCAUGCAAUCAGCUAUAGCUGCCAUGCAGCAGUUCUAUGGCAUUAAUAUGACAGGAAAAGUGGACAGAAACACAAUUGAUUGGAUGAAGAAGCCUCGGUGCGGUGUGCCUGACCAGAGAAGAGGUAGCUCCAAAUUUAACAUUCGUCGAAAACGAUAUGUAACGGGACAGAAGUGGCAACACAAACAUAUCACUUACAGCAUAAAGAACGUCACUCCAAAAGUAGGUGAUGCCGAAACCCGCAAAGCCAUUCGCCGUGCCUUUGAUGUGUGGCAAAAUGUAACUCCUCUGACAUUUGAAGAAGUUCCUUACAUUGAAUUAGAAAAUGGCAAGAGGGAUGUGGAUAUUACAAUCAUUUUUGCAUCAGGUUUUCAUGGAGACAGUUCUCCCUUUGACGGGGAGGGAGGAUUUUUGGCCCAUGCUUACUUCCCUGGGCCAGGAAUUGGAGGAGACACUCAUUUUGACUCAGACGAGCCAUGGACUUUGGGAAAUCCUAAUCAUGAUGGAAAUGAUCUAUUUUUAGUUGCAGUGCAUGAACUGGGGCAUGCUCUAGGCUUGGAGCAUUCCAAUGACCCCACUGCAAUCAUGGCUCCUUUUUACCAGUAUAUGGAAACAGACAACUUCAAACUACCUAGUGAUGAUUUACAGGGCAUUCAGAAGAUCUAUGGUCCACCUGACAAGAUCCCACCACCAACAAGACCUCUGCCAACAGUGCCCCCACAUCGUUCUGUCCCUCCAGCAGACCCUCGGAAGAAUGACAGGCAGCCUAAACCGCCUCGGCCGCCCACUGCUGACAAACCUUCCUAUCCUGGAGCCAAACCAAACAUCUGUGAUGGGAACUUCAACACUCUAGCUAUUCUUCGCAGGGAAAUGUUUGUUUUCAAGGAUCAGUGGUUUUGGCGUGUUAGAAACAACAGGGUGAUGGAUGGAUACCCCAUGCAGAUUACCUACUUCUGGAGGGGUUUGCCUCCAAGUGUCGAUGCAGUCUAUGAAAACAGCGAAGGGAAUUUUGUUUUCUUUAAAGGUAACCAGUUCUGGGUCUUCAAGGAUACCACUCUCCAGCCAGGGUACCCUCAUGAUUUGAUAACACUUGGAAGUGGAAUUCCUCCCCAUGGUAUUGAUUCGGCAAUUUGGUGGGAGGACGUUGGGAAAACCUACUUCUUCAAAGGAGAUAGGUACUGGAGAUACAGUGAAGAAAUGAGGUCCAUGGACCCUGGUUAUCCAAAACCAAUCACAAUCUGGAAAGGUAUCCCAGAAUCUCCUCAGGGAGCCUUUGUCCAUAAAGAAAAUGGCUUCACAUAUUUCUACAAAGGAAAAGAGUAUUGGAAAUUCAAUAACCAGAUGCUCAGGGUGGAACCUGGAUAUCCCAGAUCCAUCCUCAAGGAUUUUAUGGGUUGUGAUGGACCAACAGACCGGGACAAAGACCGACACAGCCCUCAAGAUGACGUGGACAUUGUCAUCAAACUGGACAACACAGCCAGCACUGUGAAAGCCAUAGCCAUUGUCAUUCCCUGCAUCCUGGCCUUGUGCCUCCUUGUCUUGGUUUACACUGUGUUCCAGUUCAAGAGGAAAGGAACACCUCGUCACAUACUGUACUGCAAACGCUCUAUGCAAGAGUGGGUGUGAUGUAGGGGGUUUUUUGUCUCCCAGGAAUUUGUGGUAACUUGAGAUUCGACGUAAGAGCUGUUGUGCGGUUUCCUAGCUAGGAGCAGGCAUCUGUCAGCCUGAAUCAGAGCUGAUCUUUAAAACCCAGGGGGUUGCCUGUCCUGCACGUGAGUGGGGAUUCACUCUACUGGGAAGCUUCCAUGAUAGACAGUAUCUGCCGUUUCUUCAGUCCUUUGUCUUUCUUUGUCAUUUGGUUCCAGGCCUUUCCUCUGCACGCUCAAUACCCAAUAAACUAUCAGGAUUAACUAAUGAAGAGGAAAAAAGAAAAGAAAAAUCCAGUGUUUCUACUGUUUUUCUCCUAAAGCCUGUUCCCCUUCGAAAAUAAUUUUGCUGAAAGUAAGCUUUUUUUUUAAAUUAAAAACAACACAACAACCCACAAUUGAACUUUCAGGAAAGUGUGAAGACCCAAACAGCUUUGUCUCCAAAGAGGAUUGCUUUCUGUCUGCUAUGGAUUUAGUUGUAUACUCCUACACAUGAUUUUUGUCAAGUGGGAGACCUGGAUGACACACAGGACUUCAGACUGUUCGGACAGCCAUUUUCCAACAAACAAGGGGCCAAAAUAUCUGCAAUAUAGUAACAGCCUUAAUGAUACAUUCAUUUUGUGUUUUAUACAACUGUUCUGAGCUAUGUCCUCAAUGUUUUAAUACAUUUAUAUUCAUUACUAUAUUUCAAACAGAACCUUUUUUAUUGUUUCUUUCUUUUGUUGAUUUUCCUGCAUCAUUUUUUCCCAAGCUGUAUCAGGCCAACUGCCCCAGGCCUUUCAUAGGUCUGUCAAGAACACUCAUUCCAAAGCAUAGCGAAAAACAGCAUGUCUCUGAAGUGGAUUGCAUUGAACUAAAGUGACAGUCAUGUUGUAGAUAAAAUUGACACUAGCAUUACAUUGGUGUAACCCUUUGAGAACUAUAGGAUUAGUUUUUAGAGUCUGAAGGAUGCUAAUCUUGGUUGCUAUGGAAGUAUUGGACUGCAGAAGCGGUAUGUGGAAAUACAGGUUAAUGAAAUUCAGGUUUUUAAAGCAGAUAUCCUGUAAGUGUAAGUAACGUCUUUGAAGUACUUGCAUUAUUGAUAAAAAGCAUUUAUAACAAAUGAACAGAAACAAAAAUAUAUUUGCCAGCUACUUUCUGGUAAAACAAAUACUUAUUUUAAUAACUUCUAGCACUCACAUAGGAUUUUUUGAACUGGCUAUAGUUUUACAGCUUAGCCUUUUAUCUUAGACAUAUUGAAUUUCUGUUUUAAACUAUGUUGCAUGAUAAUUCAAUUUGCCUUAGUACAUGAAUACAUGAAGAUAGUGUUACAGAUUGAAAGGAAAGUUAAAUAGAUGACUCUAAUGUUGCAUGAAUAUUGGGUGAAUUACCUAUUGCAUGCUUAACAUAGUUCUCAAAGGGUUAGUCAGAUCUCUGGCAUUUAGCUGUACAUUAAAUCACGGACAGAGCCAAGGGACCACCAAAGCAUUUGGUCAUUGUGUGUAAUUUGUGCUAACAGCAGUAUUGUCGUUUUCAUGUGACCUGCAGAGCAGGUUUGUAUCAAUAUUUUUUUCCUAGAGAAAAGUCAGCAACUGACAGACCUCUUUAUUGAUUUUAGAAGCUGCUUCUUGCAGUGAUAGGCUUUACAGUCAUUGGGCUGUGAACUUAUUAGAGAUGGUCAGAAUGAAUGCACCCCAUGAGUCAGACACCUGGCUUUGUAUGAAAGCCAGGAUUUGAGGGGAGUCGCUUUUGAAAUAAUGAACAGCUUGCCUUGAACUUGAUUAUUGAUCUGUUGACUGUCAUUACCAAGUUAAACAUUGUCUUCUGCGAAAAGCUUCACUGUCUGAAUUUCCUUAAAUUGCACUGUCCUAUGUCUUCGCUCUUUGACCUUUAACUUGCAAAAUGGCACAAACUGAAGAUAAUCUGGUGUUGCUAAUCAGUUUGGAUUAGUUUUUGUUUUUAAAUAGCCUGAUAUUGAUUAUCCAAGAUUACAGAAAAGCAUUGAAGUGUUUUCUUAGGACAGCAACAAAAAUAUUUAUGGUAGAUCUGUAGAUGGGCAUUUUGCUAUAUAUACAUGCACACUCUAAAAAUGAACUACAGUAGAAGUGAAUUUUUAUUUAACUUGAAUACAAUUUUCAGUAUAAAAUUAGUAAUUUCUACAAAUAACUAGUCAUUAGUGACAAAGUUAUAAGAAAAGUACUUAAAUACUUGAAACAGCCAGCGCUGGCUUUUACAUAAAACAAGAUUUUUAUACUAGAUUCAACAGAUUUCUUACUGAUUUCCUAAUAUACAUUACUGGAUCAUUUUUUAGAGCGUGUAGGUAUAUAUAUACAUAUAAAUAUAUGAUUAUUAUGAUGAUUUUGGUAAUGGAUAGCUUGACUGCCUUGAAUUUAAAUUUGUAUUGAGCCUAGCAUGAAAAAUUAGUAUGCUUUUUUGUUCAAAUACAUGAUUUGAUUUUGAUUUGAAGACUUAUUUUAUGAUCAUGUGUGGCAUGCUAUAAAGCAUCGCAAGCUGUUAUUUCUUAGAGCAUAAACAGAAAUAUAUAUACGUACAGCUAACAAAAAAGAACAGUUAGAAAAAAAGGUAUAGUUUUAAAGCAAAUAUGCAAUCCAGAUGGCAUUUUGGAGAUGUUUUGUAGAGGUACUGUAUGCUAUAUGUUAUAGGUGCACCAGUAUCAGCCCAUAGCAUUUCUUCAGUAGAUUCAUUUCAGCUGUUGCUGAAAAUGUAAAGAGUGCAUUCACAACUGCAGAGCAUAGGAUAAUAUUUAUUACACAUCAGCUCAUUUAGGGAAUUCAAAAUUCUAUGCCUGCCUGUCAUUUUUUUUUAAUCCACUGGGUGACUUUUGUUGUCCACAAACAACUAUAAAUUAUGUUCUGCUACAGAUAGAACAAAAGAACUCAUGUUUUUUGUUCUGAAUUUGUCCCUUGGAUAGUUGGUAAAAACCACUGACAAAAUUAUUUAACCUGCAGUUUAUUUUCCUCUGCAACAAGAGAACCAGACAAUUUGAUAUUAUCCUUAAAACAGAACAGCAUCUCAUCUGAUUUCUUACUCACUUAACUAUUUCACUUCACUUUCAAAGUCUCUCUCAUGGCAGCUUUGACUUUUUGUGCAACUGUUUCCCAGAGAAUAAUGAAGUGCUCAGCAUGUUGACUGUUGUUCAUUGAUAAAGUAACAAAAAAUGUUUGUAUUUGGAGAAUUUAACUUACAGUAAUUAUGCUGGAAGGUAAGUGUGAUAAUCUAGUGCUUGAUAUAUGGUUCAUCAUAGAUACAUGAAUGCAUAAUAACUUGAUUCUUAAUCUAUUUUCUUUUAGGUAAAAGUACACAUAUAUAUUAUAUACAGAGAGAGGAAGAAUAAAAAGAAUGUUGUAUGGCAUGUUUAUGCCGUGCAGAUUAAGAUUGUGUCAGCAUUUCUAUUAUUAUAAAUUUCUAUUUUCAAUAGGUUAUAACACAGCCAUUAAAAUUUACUUCAAGCUGAAAGAUCUGGGAGAAGUUUACGUUCAGUCUUAUGUCAAAAAUGUAUAUUUGGUUGCUUUUAAAUUAUAGGAGUUCAAAAUAAAUGAGCUAUUUUCUCAGGUUUAGUUUUGAACUCAUAUAAAUUAAAAAUACCUUAUGAUUUAAGAAAAUUAAAUUUGAUAAACAGUUAUUCCACAGUAGAGUCUAAUAAUUGUUAGUGUCAACAAAGAAUAGAAUAAAACAGAUGAACUGAGUUUUGAACGUUUGGUUUCUGCUCGUGUGCAGUAACUUUUUUCCUAAUGCUUUUAAUAAACAUAGCCAUAUUAGUAUUGUCACAAUCUACACUGUGAAUACAUACAAUACUAAAUAUGGGUUUCAUCAGUCUAUUCAGUCUGGCAAACUGAUUAUAUAGGUUUUGUGUAAGUCAAGAAUAACAAAAAGCUAUUUCCUAGAGACAGAAAAUACUUAAAUUAAAUUUUAUCAGAAAAUAAAUCUAGCAGAAUAUGUAUUGGUAUAUUUACUUGAUAGGUUGAAAUGGAAAGACUCAGCUGGCUCCAGAUUAGGCCUGUCAAAUUCCCUGAAUAAAUAGAAUACACAUUUUGUAACAUCCUAUAAACAAUUUUUCUUUUUCUUUUCUUUUUUUGGAGUUGAGUUGGGGAGUAGGUUAAAAAAAGGUUAAGUUUGUGAAACAGUGAUGAAAGCCAGGAAAUUUCAAAAUGGAGGACAAGGCUUCCCUUGUCCCACAGCAGUGUGUGUGUGUGUGUGUGGUUCCCCUCCACCACCCACCCAUCCCAGAACUCCUGACUUUAUAAUAUUGUGGGUUAAGAAUAGAGUGUAAGACUUAACUCUGAAUUCUUAGCGUUUGUUAGCUUAUGAUGCAGUCCUGAUGUUAGUUAAAUGCAGCUUUUAGUACUCAGUUAAAUAUAUGGAAUCAAAUUCUGGCUUGUUGGUAGGAAAAAGUGCAUAGAGCAGGUUUGCCUAUAAGCAGUGGAACAUUACACUCUCAUUCUAGCUUUUCAAAUUUGCAUUAUUGGUGGGGGCAUGGCUUGAAAAGAUACAUAAUCAAAUGGUGAAGAUCAAAUAGUGCAUGUUCCAGCCGUUAUGCAUUAAAGCAAGUAGGGACCCAAACUACCAUAAAUAGCAGCACAAGUUGGAACUAUGCCAACAGGAACAGACUGAAGCACAAAGAAAGAGCUUCCAGGGUUCUUGUUUUAUUGUGGGUCCUGUGUCCCAUGCAAACUCAGUCUUGGCCUGUCUGCUAAUUUGGCAGUGGAUCCAGAGGUGGAGGAAGCUACACAUAGCCAGAACUGCCUCAGUCAGGCAGGCAGUAGGAGAGGGGAAGGAGCCAAUGCUGGGAUUAGUAUCUGCCUUUUAUAUGUGCUUGUGGCCCUGGCUGCCUUUUGGCUGCUAUGCCUCCAGCCUCUUGAAUGAAUGAUUUCAGAACCCCAGUCACCACAGAAUGGCAUCUUCAUCCGUGGAAGGUGCAAAUGGCCACCUGUCUAGUUGGAUGUUGAACUGUGCUGUAAAGCAAAUAGUCCCUCUGUGUGUACUAAAGAACUGAUAGGACACAGCUAGUGUAGUGAUAAGAGCAUGACUGACACCUCUCUGUUGUAACACUCAACACACUCUAUUUGUUCAUAGCACACUGAUUAUGGGGUCAAAAUAGUGGUUAUGUAAUUUUGAGGUGAGGCUGAUUACAUGGAGCCACAUCAGGGGCAAAAACACAGCCAAAGCACAUCAUAAAUACAUAAAAGUAACAAUCUCUAUAUGCCCAUGAAAGUCAGCACAGUAUUCCUCAAUGUUCUCAUGACAAAAUACUGUGGCAGGACAUAAUCAUGUUCCUAUUUCUCUAAUCCACUCUUGUACUUUGCCUACCAGCUGGCACAAAGAAACUGAGCUCAUAUAACAUUCCUGAUCAGCUUAUCACCAUCAUGGACUGCAAUGGUUGACCCCAUGCAACAGCUGACCCUGGGAUCAUCUAGUAUCACAUAAUGUAGAUUCCAUAUGGUACAAUGUUAUUUUAUAGAUGAAUGUGUAGAAGGAAUAGCUCACUAAUAAUUAGGGUUCCAGAUGUUUGAGUAACAUUAACACAUGAUCAUUGCAAGUAAAUAUUGUCACUACCUUAGAACAUUGUUCCAAAGUAUUGGUUAACACUAUGCUAACAAUGGAUACAUGGUAUAAAAUUCUUGUUUCCUAACGUAGAUCAGCUGUAGCAUAUCAGCCACCAAUUGUCUUAAUUUCAUCAAUGUUUGUGUGCAUUCACAGAGGCUAUGCAUAUUAGAUAUCUUAUCCCAUAGUAUAUGACAUGUACAGUGUGUGGACACCACACUGUACACUGCUGUAAUGUGUCAAUGAUCAAGGAAAUGCUACAGAAUAAUGAAACCUGUGCAAGUGUUAGCUGCAGAAACAAGAAUGACAUCCCAUAGAGAAAGCUAUCCACACUUCUCUAUGUAUGCACUAUACUGUGAAUUGCCAUCACAGUAAAAACCCAUAAAUGAUAGGUGUUACACAGUGUCUCCAUUAUUAAUGAUACACAUCAGCCUUGCAGUCAGGAAGCAUGAACUCAUAAACCUAUGCAGAAUGACAGCAUUCACAAACUAUUAUCAUGGUGAGUGAUCCAUAUUAACUGUGAAGCCCUGAUAAGUCAACAAUGACCCUGAACCCAUUGUUUUGAUGCUUCACCCAUGCCACCUUCUUCAUAAUUGCUGCCCCAUUCAAUCACCAGCAGUGACACAUGGUCACACCCCAACCAGUCUCUGUUUUUUCCAAUAUUCAAGGACAAACCUGAAUUCACAAUCUUAGUCACCUAGUCACCUCUUGCUGUUACAGUAGUGCACAGUGGUCAGUUGCCAUAUUUCAUCAUGUGAUUCUAGUACAGAGAGAGUGAUCAUACUGAAUCCGUGACAUGCCCCAAAUGGUAUGUACAUCAACAUCCUUCCUCACACGUGGUUUACACAAUACAGUUGUUGUCAGUUAUGAUUCCCUUUUGUUUCAACAUGAUGCUGAAGUCAGAUAGUCACAUAACAACUCUAUACACAACUGGUCAUUGGCCCUCACCAGCAUAAACCCACAUUUACCAGUGACUUGAGUGAAGCACUUCAUCUUUCACUCAGCAAGCAAAACAUAUUGUAUACAGAUGCUCCACGGGUUACGCAAACCCGACUUACGGAAAUCUGCACUUACAGAAAAAGAUCUAUAUCUUCAAUAAUUUUUUUUUUUUGCAUAAUUGUCGGAGAUACAUCCCCAACUUAUGCAAAAUUCGACGUAACCAAACUUCGACAGAACAGAACGCUUACAUAAAUCAGGGAGCUUCUGUACCUGCAAAUUAGUAGCAUUCCCGUAAUGGUUAAGCACUUGCAAGCAUUGGGGUGUGAAAUCAUAAAAUAAUAAUUUUCUGUUUGUAUUAUCAUUCCAGUGUGCUCGCAUAAUGCAGCUCUUGUCCUUAUGAAACACAUUUGCAUGCACUCCCAUAUACCAUGAGUUAGUAUGCAUGUGAUGAACGACAGUCACCCUAAAAACAUACAUAUGUGCAUGACAAACUAAUCACUGUGCUAUAUGAACAAAUUGUGAAUCCACUACUGCCGUUACUAUGCUCAGGUAUGAGCUGUGGUAGAAUAGUCAGCAAUAUAAAGUGAUUGCUGAUAGUGCUCUGAGUUUUCCAGUGUGCACCAUUACAUGAUAUUUGGACAUAUACCAGCAAGCAGUAUUAUAGGUCUGCAUAUCCCGAUUAAUAACUACACAAUCUCAAAUUUAUGCAUGUGAUUAAUCUGAAUGUAAAUGGUUAUGCCCAGCAUAUGUGCUCUUAUUGGAUACUGGCAUAAGAACAGUGGAUGCUCUUCUCGGCCACAUAUUGGCACCAACAAUAGAUUUGAUUCUCUUUUUGUCAGAUGUCUGGAGAUAUACAUGGAUAAACGCAUUCAAGAAAGAAUCUGAGAUACAUUCAGUAGGUAUUGCCAACAGCUAGUAGUGCUGCUGUGUUGCCAUGAUCAUAUGCCGUUUUAACUGAUCUUGUCGAACUCUGCUAUUCACAGCUAUGUGUGAUAUAAAUUCUGUUUUUUGUCAACAUACCUGCCAGCUAACUACUGUAUGCAGGUAAACAAUUGCUACCAAAUUAUGACAUGGCCAUGUGCCAAAAGCUAGAUGAUAUCCCUAGUAUAACUCUACAUGUUCAUGUCCUAUCAGAGUUCAUUGUUUGUCAAUAUCAAAAGUGAUCUGAAAUAUCAGAUUGAUAUGAUGUUAUACCCAUGCAACCAUUGUCCUCAUGUUGAGCAUGCAUGUUCAGUUAGGAAAGGAAUCCAGUACUCAACAAGCCUGUAAUGAUGUCAAUCAAUUAUACACCAUUUAAUUCAUUCUUCACCUUUUCCUCUAUAUAAUACAUUUGAUAAAACAUCAUCUAUUAACUAAGUUUCUAGCACCCAUUUACUACCAUCUUUAAUGCACAGUUCCAAUGCCAUCAGGCUAUCUCCUCUCAAUUCACCUUUUAUACAUCUGAGCCGGUAUUUCUGUUUUAAUAUAUAGGGAUGAAACCCAUGUCAUUGGAUUAUAUCUGUGUCUGUGGUUCUUCUUCAAAUUGUAUAAGAUAUAUAGGCUCUCACCUUCUUUGUAUAUGUUGCUUUGACAGAGACAUUCCUUGGCUCACAGUGAGGACAAAUACAGUUACCCAGCACCACCCACUUACAUCUCUCAUAAAGGAAAUAAUUAAAAUUAUUCAUGAGGAGUCACUUCCACCACUGCCAGUGACCACAGUUGAGUCAACCAGGCCUUCUGAUUAAAGGUUACUGAGAUAUAGCAGUAUACACAUAGACACCUGACCACUCUAAGAGGAGAUACCAACAAAUGAGAACAGAUCAGUCUGUAUACCCAAACCUAAAAGCAGUUUCACUGGAAUAGAGGAGACCUAGGAUUCUAGAUACAGCCAGAAUUGCCUUCAACCAGUCUCAGUAACCUUACUCCAAAAAGAAUAGGCUAGAUAAAAUGUGAUAGAGAGAUAAUCAGUGUCAAAGUUUACUUGUGCAAGGGCCUAGUGAUGGCUUGUCUUAGUGACACUGGAACCCUGCCCUCUCAGUCAGUAAAACCAAUUGAAAACUUACCAGAGAUAACAUACCAUUCAUCUUUCCUCAUAGAUAUGGUAAAACCAGUCUGAAUCCAAUCCAAUUUGUCAAAGUGAAAAGUAUUCAACUUUGUUUUCAGAUGAUGGCAUCCUAGAUUCACUGACUUUUCUGCCAUGUGAAGAGCUCCACUGGAUAAGACUUCUCAGAUGCUAUGAUGGAAGAGAAGAAACACUUCUUUCCCUCCAUGGCAGCUACAAUGUGUGAUAUGUUUCUGUGAUACGUAGAAGCAGGGCUGUAAUUACUGGAUGAAUUGCUUGUUCCUCCAUUUUUGCUGAUGCAAGUCUCUGAUCCAUUGUUUCUCUUCAUUGUGAGUUUCCUACUGAAUAAGGUGGUGCCUAACGUUCUCCACUUUAGCUACAAUAGCAAGCAGUAACAAGUGAACUAUGUGGACUGGGAGGAGGUGUUAAAAUGUUGUCAGUGUCUCAUUGGUCACUCUGACACAGACACCCAUAGUUGCAAUCAGUCACAAGGAAAUCCACCCCUUUUGUGUUACUGCUGAUAUAAUGGUGACUACUAUUAUUUGAGUAAUUCCAUGUGCAUACUUGAGGCAUCUUGUGCACACCUUUCACUACAAUUACGCUAAACAACAUCAACAUUUUUUAUACAUCCAAUUUUAGUAUAUCCGUCUUUCUUAUCCACGGGGUUGAUUUGCAGCAUCCAUAUAUUCCCAUGGACAGUCAAGCUUCUGGGUAUUCAGGCAUGAUUUUUAAAGUCUUCCUCAACCAUUGCCCAUUGCUUCUUUCCUGAACUGUGGAUAAAAAUGUGUUGCAUAGCCUGUAUUAAGCAUCACAAACUGCUUGCUCAGAUUAUCACAUCUGAUUCUGUACAUCUUUUGUGAAUGACGUUACAACAGUAGUGAAUUAUCUUGGUGUCAGCCCAUGUGCAUUGUCCACACAUGGUCAUGCUGUGAUAGUUGAGCUGUCCAGGAGGCUGCAUUUCAACAAUGCUAGCAUUGUUCUGUACAUAUGCCCAUCAUUUCUAUCAUGCUACCAGUACUUGGCAGCUACAGAUGUUGUGAUUAAAGUUCUCUCCUUCUAAUGUUAUUUUUCUUCCUAGGAGCAGGUAUUCUACAGUUAUACUAUUGAGGUGUUGGGGUAUUUUAUUUCUGACACCUCAGUUCAUUCACACAUAUCCACCAGCCUUGUAUCAAAAUUUAUUGAGCCAACAUUAUUAAAUAGUAGGACCCUUUCCUAAUCAUUGUGUUACUAUCUUGUUUCCACUAACUCGUAUAACUAUUCAUAGCACAUUUAUGCACAUGUCCCUGUAACAUCUGCUAUCAUUCAUAGGGUUUAAAACCUUGGAAGUGGUAACUUACAGCUUUCAGGAUGAGUCACAUGUGAGAGAGAUGUGAUUGUUCACACAGAAGCCAUUCCUGAGCAGUGCGGUGGGGAUGUCUGCUCUUUGCCAGGUCUGUGGUUAGUGCUCUCAAUUGCUAAAGCAUCUGAUUCUGGGGCUGUUUUCCCUAAUAUGUUGGCAAGCGUACAUGGAUCAGGGCACAUUGUUUUGAUGCUUCACACAGCUCUUGUUUCAGCUGCUCUCUCUGUCCUGAAUGCCGUGCAUCCUGCUUACUCUUUGUGCUUUAUGCCCUAGUAUCCACAGUACCUCAAUUGCUGCUUCAGUUCUAGUGAGUCUGUGUUGGUUCUGAUCUCAGUAGGCUUUUCAGAUUUCCAUCUACAUACCACUUCUUCCUGCCAUUAGCUGUUCUUUAUACUUGCUGUAGAAACUGAUUUUGUUCCAAUAUGUUAUGACGUGCAUAUUACAACUUAUUGGCCCUUUCCACAUUGCUGUGUGCUCUCUUUACGCCACCUCUGAGAUAUGAUAAGAUGUAUGAAUGGGGUUUUCAUGUGCAUACAUGGGUUUUGGUGCAAUACUUAGGCUUAGAAUAUGUUAGAUGGGUUUUUAGACAUGAUAUAAUCCGCAUUUGGACAAACAAAAACUCUUUUCAAGCUUUGCACCCUGAACCACACACAGCAACUAGUCAUGUGACUUUAGAUAGCCCUACAAAUAAGCCAGAAUAUAGGUGUAAUGAUUUCAUAGUGUGCUGCACAUUUUCUCACCAUAUUCAGUUUUUGCUGCAUAGCCCCAUAUACAUUCCAUGCCAGAGUUUUGCUCAUUAUGUUCUGUCUUGGCAACAAAAUAACUGGAGCAUUUUUACUUGCUUUCUCUAACUAAAUUUCUUUUCAUAAUUGUUAUUUUAUUUUAUUCUACUGCUCACACAGCAUUCUAUACAGUAAUCUUUUUAUAACUGACAUAUGUUAUUCUUUCAGGUAGCUUCUACUGACAAACACAGAGUUUGUGUGCAAAUGCAAGGCUGACUCAAUGGUGCUAAAGUGUAUUAUGUCUGUCAGAUAUAAUCAGGCAAAAUUUUGUGGUGCUUAGACUGAUUUUUUCAUUGAUUUUAUUGAUCAAUACAUUGGACAGUGUUUUAUUAUACACAAGUUGUUCCUUAUUAGUAAAUCAAAGCCUCAUCGUGCAUUGUUAAAUAAAAUGGGUUAAUUAAGCUAUGUAACAGCUCACCAAGCUAUUAUCUCUUUAACUCCUUAUAACAUUGCGUCAUUAAAGGUCAAGGGGUCAUGAUAUUAAUCUCAUUGCUGUAGACCUCAUUAACAUAACUGAACAUUUUCAACAAAGUACUUAUGUUUACAACACUAUAACCCUUUGACUGCUGCGGCAACCUUUAACCACAAAAAAAAAAGUCACAUGCUAGAAUCGUUAUGGUUCUUGCCAUGGCAAUCAAAGAGUUAAGGGCUGUGCAGUGAUUUGUUUUAUAUUUAUUAAUUUAUAUUUAUUUUUGUUUUCAUUUGAGGAGGGGGGUUUGGGGUGGGGCAGUUCUUGUCUGCUGUAAGUGUCUUAACCAAGGGAAGGGUUAAAAUGGCUUUUUUAUACUAUUGCAUCUUAUGUACUUACCAUUGUUUCAUUGUGUUGUAAUUAAAAAAAAAUCUGUCAAUAAAUAAGAGA